GAAAUCCGCAGAUUGGGAACAUCUCUCGCACUCACGUUGCCAUUCAUGCGAGAUGUUCUCAAUUAACGGAUGAAACGUGCCAUGUGGUUGGAGUGAGGAGUGCUGUAUCAGAAUCAAAUCCGAAUUCAAAUUGAAGUUUGUAGUCUUGUAGAGGAUCCGGGUAAUUCUACACUCUCCCUCCAUGCAGAGGAAGGGUUUUACGCUUGGCGGGAAAAUUCCUGGGGGAAAACCGUUCUUGAUCGGAGCCCUCUGAUUACUCAUCGAUUCAGCCCAACGACAUUGGGGUUAUGAAACUUCAAUAGUUUUUGACCAGUGUGGUAUUUAAAAGCUUAGAGAGGCAGCAAGAUGAUGCAGACACAUCCAUUGGGACAAUUCGCAGGGCAGUACAUCCCCAAUUUGUGUGGUUCAUCCCAUCCAAGUGGAAGUGUCUUACUUCAACAGACAGCAGAAAACCUAGUUGAUCUUUCAAAUGAUUGGCAUAAGGACCCGGGAAUCAAUCACAUGCGUAAAUUUAUGCAAGAGAAAAUUGCUAAAUAUUUCUUGGCGCUACCACAAGCCUAUGAUUGGGGUAAAAGAGUAGACUACGCUGUGAAAUCCAUUGAAUGCAGACUUUUUAAGGAGGCUAUUUCAAAGGAGGAUUAUAUGAACCAGGAUACUCUGGCUCAUAGAAUGCAUGUUUUAAUGAAAACUGCACUAGCUGAUGCUAAACAUAGUCACCAAGUAGUCCAGGGCCAUAGUUCAUCAAACAUCAGUAUGAUCACACCAAGUUCUGUUAUCCCAAAGAGUAGUUGCACUUCAAACUCAACAGAGCCUCUUGUAGAUAACCCCUUGAACACAAGCAGUGGCUCUGGCACUUCAGUAACAGACAACAAUGAUCAUUCUGCUGGUGUCUUUCCUGGACCCUUAUCUUAUGGAUGUAGUGAGGGAUUAGCAGAUAUGAAUUUUCUCUGCAAGCAAGAUAAUAUUCUCUCACCAAUAAAUAAGUUGCAAGAUGCUAGCCAGAUGGUUCCUACUCCUCAAAGGAACCUCCUAAAAAUUUCAUCCACGAAUAGGAGGUCUGGCAUAUUGCAGAGGCUGCCUUCCUAUUAUGGUUUUCCAAAUGAAUCUCCUAGUGUUUGGCAAACAUUUACUGAAAGAAGUAUGGAAUAUAUUGUUGGAGCCAGAGCAGCAUCCAAGACCUCUCUAAAUUUCUAUGGCUGUGGUAAUCUUUCAAAAUCUCUACAACAUCUUGACGAACAGUUUCAGGAUCAACCAAUGCAAGUUUUUGAAGUGAAUGCUAUAGAAGCUUUGGAUUGCGAGAACAACCAAAAAUUUAAUCACCUGGAUUUUGGUCAUACAUAUAAGAAAAGUUCAGCAGAGCUGCCCUUCUCUCUUCUGGCCAAGAUGAAUGGCCAAGUAUCCAGUUCAACAAAUGAGCAUUUACUCAAUUCUCACUACCAGCUGCAAGAGUUUCAGCAAUUACAGGGGCAACUGGAUGCACCAUAUUUACAUUUCAGUCAACCGUUUGAGGUCCAACCACUUUGUGAUCCUGAACUGCAAGUACAGAGGAUAGGUUCAGAUAAUGGCAAAGAUUUUCAACCAGAGGUCCUAGAACAGAAUCCACAUUCUGAGUCUCAAACCAGAUACCAGCAUUCCAUGUCACAAGAACCUAGCAUGAUGGAGACAAAUGCCCGAUAUGAAUCUCAUCAACGAAUAACAGGACAAGAUCCGUCUCAGCAGCCUCAGUUUUCUUCAGAAGAACCUGUUGGGAGACCAGAUAUUGCUUCAGAAAUGUUUGUACUCCCCCAUAGUUCAGAUGUAGCACUUGGAUCUGGGAAUACAUCUGUUGGACUUCAAUACCUUAUGAAACAUAUGCUUCUCUUGUCCUACAUCCAAUAUAUGACUAACUCUAUGCAUGAUGAUAAUGAGAAAGUUCUCUUUAAGAAACUUUUGAUGCAUCUAGACAAGUGCACAGACAGCUUUUGUGCAUGUAUCAUGCUACGUGAGCUGUUGAAUCAUUUCCAUAGUUGUCAUGAUGAUGCCUGUCUCAUUUGUGGGCCUACUAGGUCAUCUACUUCACUUCCACUUAAUCCUGGUUUGGAUAAAUCAAAGAAUGUUCUCCAAAAGACAUAUGAUGAUGGAGAUGCUAGCCAGUCAACUAGUGGCACUUUUGAAGAUAUACAGCGUCCUUCUAAACUCCUCAAAAGAGAGCACCCCUUCUCCCCACUCUUCGGCCAGAAUGUAACAUCUCAAGCAUUGGCUUCUUUUGCAGAUCAGCAUCAUUCUCAAAGUUUUCAGCAAAUGCAUCAAUUGCAUGGUAUGCCUGUAUCUGUUACUGAGGCUAUGGAGGUAAAGAUUGGUAUGCACAUGAAUUUGAUUGUGGACCAUGUAAAUACUAGUGGAACUGAAAAUGGUUAUCUAGAUGACCAUAAAAAAUUGAAUCUUGUUGGUGAUCUUGUAAUUUCUAAAGAAUCUUUUACUAGCAGUAUGCAAGAGGACAUUAAGACCAUGGCCAAGCAGGAAGCUGAACAUGAACUUACUGUUCCAGUAGCUGAUAAUGUGGAAGGAACAAAGUUGGGUAAGACAGAGAUAGAAGGUGUAUCUUUGAUGGAAAUGUUCACUCUGAACCAAAUUAAGGAGCAUAUAUUGAGUCUAAGGCAAUGGGUUGGUCAGAGUAAGACAAAGGCAGAGAAGAAUCAAACAAUGGUGCAUUGUGUGAGUGAAAAUUCAUGCCGGUUGUGUGCAGUGGAGAAGCUUUCAUUUGAGCCGCCACCAUUGUAUUGCUCAUUUUGUGGCGGCCGUAUAAAGCGUAAUUUGAUGUAUUACACUGCAUCAGAUGGCAUCAUGCCAUACACUUUCUGUACCUCAUGCUAUAGUGAAUCUCGAGGCGAAAGUAUCACAGUUGAUGGGUACAAUAUUCCCAAGGCAAGUCUGCAAAAGAAGAAGAAUGAUGAAGUGACUGAAGAAUCAUGGGUUCAAUGCGAUAAAUGUGAAGGUUGGCAACAUCAGAUAUGUGCUCUCUUUAACAGUGAAAGAAACAAGGACGAGAAAGCUGAAUACGUUUGCCCAUAUUGUUUUAUACAAGAGAUGGAAAGUGGAGUCCGCAAACCAUUAGCAGACCAUGCUAUUCUUGGUGCAAAAGAUUUGCCAAGAACCAUGCUUAGUGAUCACAUAGAGGAAAGACUCUUCAAGCGUCUUAAGCAAGAGAGAGAAGAGAGAGCAAAGGUCUUGGGUAAGAAUUUUGAUGAGGUACCUGGAGCAGAAAAUCUCAUUGUCAGAGUGGUUUCAUCUAUUGAGAAGAUAUUGGCAGUGAAGCAGUGUUUUCUAGAUUUCUUUCAUGAAGAAAACUAUCCAGUGGAAUUCCCGUAUAGGUCAAAGGUUAUUCUCUUAUUUCAGAAGAUUGAAGGAGUAGACAUAUGCCUGUUUGGGAUGUGUGUCCAGGAGUUCAGUUCAGAAUGCUAUUACCCCAAUCAACGUUGUGUCUAUCUUGCAUAUCUUGAUUCUGUUAAGUACUUCAGGCCCGAGACAAAAACUGUGACUGGAGAAGCUCUUCGUACCUUUGUUUACCAUGAGAUAUUGAUAGGAUAUCUGGAUUAUUGCAAGAAACGGGGUUUCACUAGCUGCUAUAUAUGGGCUUGCCCGCCUUUGAAAGGAGAAGAUUUUAUUCUAUACUUCCAUCCAGAGAUACAGAAGGUGCCAAAGACUGACAAGCUGCGGGAAUGGUAUUUAAUGAUGCUAAGAAAAGCAGCUGAAGAAAACAUUGUUGUUAGCAUCACUAAUUUAUAUAACCAUUUCUUUGUGCCACCUGGUGAAUGUAAGGCCAAGGUAACAGCUACUCGUUUGCCAUAUUUUGAUGGUGACUUUUGGCCAGGUGCAGCUGAGGAUAUUUUAAGAAAUCUAGAUCUAGAAAAAGGUAUAGGGCACCUACAGAGAAAGGGAAAGAAGUUUGUAUCCAGAAGGGUUCUAAAAGCUAUGCGCCAGACUGAUGUUUCUGGAAGUGCUGCCAAGGAUAUUCUGCUAAUGAAAAAACUUGGUGAAACCAUCUUCCCAAUUAGAGAAGACUUUAUUGUGGUCCAACUGCAGUUAGCUUGCACACACUGCAGUGAUAUGAUAAUAUCUGGAAGGCAAUGGAUAUGCAACCUGUGCAAAAAUUUUCAGCUCUGUGAUAAGAAGGCAUAUAGAGGGCAAAUGAGCUUAACAUUAGAAAGCUGGUUAUUGAGUGCGAUUCAAAAUUGA